AUGCCAGGCGUGGGGGCAGAAGACGGCGGGCAGCAGCCGGGGGCCGGGGAGCUGCCCACGCUCACCCCGGCUGGGGGACCCCCUCGGGAAGAGCAACGUCCUCUCAAACAGUCUCUGAGCAGCUCGCUGUGCCGGGAGUCCCACUGGAAAUGUCUGGUGCUCACCCUCCUAAUGUUCGGCUGCUUCGGCGUCAUGGCCUGGUGCCGUCUCUCGACGGUGACCCGCCUGAACUACGACGGCUCCUACCGAGGGGCGUCGCUGGUGUAUCAUGACAGCCCGUGCUCCAACGGCUACAUCUACAUCCCGCUGGCGUUCUUGGGCAUGUUGUAUGUGGUGUACCUGGUGGAGUGCUGGCACCGAUUCGCCAAGGGGCAGAUGCAGUUCCGGGUGGACACGGCGAGCGUCUAUGAGAAAGUCCAGCGGAUGCAGCAGGCCACGCCCUGCAUCUGGUGGAAGGCCGUCAGCUACCACUACAUCCGCCGCACGAGGCAGGUGACGCGUUAUCGCAACGGGGACGCUUACACGACCACCCAGGUGUACCACGAGCGCGUCAACACGCACGUCUCGGAGACGGAGUUUGACUACUCAGGCCAUGGGGUGAAGGACGUCUCCAAGGAACUGUUGGGCCUCUCCGAUUACCCCGUGACCAAACUCCGCUUUACGAAAUGCUUCAGUUUUGCCUCGGGGGAGGCGGAAGCUGCGUAUCUGACUCAAAGGGCCCGGUUUUUCGGGGAAAACGAGGGUUUGGACGACUACAUGGAGGCCCGCGAAGGGAUGCACCUCAAAAACGUGGACUUUAAGGAACACAUGUUAGUCUUCCCAGAUCCGGGGCGUCCACCGUGGUACACACGCCGGAGUGUCUUCUGGCUGGCCUCUUUCCUCCUGCUAUCCUGGCCGCUGAGAGUUUUGUCCGAAUACCGUACAGCCAAUGUACAUUAUCACGUCGAGAAACUCUUUGGGGCGGACGACGGGCCCAGCCCGCUGGACGCCGCCGGGACUUACGGCCGUCGAAUCUCACGCGUCAACACGGUGGAUAUGACCGAACUGGAAUGGCACAUCCGUUCCAACCAGCAGCUGGUGCCCAGCUACUCCGAGGCCGUGUUGAUGGACACCACGACAGUGGCGGGCGCGGCCUACCUCCGCAGCUGCCAACGCUGUCGCCGGACUGUCAGCAGCAACUCCCUGCCCUCGCGGGGGACCCGGGCCCUCUACGCCCGCUUGCCGUUUAGCUGCAGCCGCUUCUCGCUGAGCGGCGCCCGGCGAUGCGGGGGGAUUCUCCGGAGCCUGAGUGGAAGCCAGGUGGGCAGCAACAUCGAGACGGAGCCCUUGGAGAGCCCCCCGUGCUACCAGGAUGCGUUGUACUUUCCCGUGUUGAUUGUGCACGGAGGGGAGGGCUGCGAGCGCAACGGGCACAGGCCGGGGCUGGCAGGGAGGGGGCAAGGGACCCCCCUGUGA